UGUCUGUUAUCUAAUCCUUUGUCUGUUUUCUGCAACUCGCUUGCUUUGUUCUUUAUAACAUCUGUUAUUUUCUGCUGGUCUAUCACUACAUUUCUGCCGCCCCUCCCUCUAGCUGGGUUUGUCAAGUCGCCCAUGUCAGAAACUAAACUCACAGGGGAUGCCUUUGAGCUGUACUGUGACGUGGUUGGGAAACCCACUCCAGAGAUCCAGUGGUGGUAUGCUGAAGUCAACCGGGCUGAGUCUUUCAAACAGCUGUGGGAUGGUGCUCGGAAGCGCCGUGUCACCAUUAACACUGCCUACGGGGCGAACGGCGUGAGUGUGCUGAGAAUAACCCGCCUUACAUUGGAAGACUCUGGGACUUACGAGUGCAGGGCCAGCAACGAUCCCAGGAGGAAUGACUUGAGACAAAAUCCCUCCAUAACGUGGAUUCGAGCCCAGGCUACGAUAAGCGUCCUUCAGAAGCCCGGGAUCAAUGCCAGCGAGGGUGUGAUCAUUCACCUAUCUAGUUCUCCCAUCAUCCUGCAAUGUAACCUCACCACCAGUCCCAGUCCCCUCAUGUACAGCUAUUGGAUGAAGAAUGGGGAAGAGAUUUCUGGCACUAAGAAGAAUUCAAAUACCACAGAGCACAAGAUUUUGAAGCUCAGAGCAGAGGAGUCCGGGGAAUACUUAUGUGUGUUUGUGUUUGCUAGCUCACCUGUAGCCAACGCCACUAUAGAAGUGAAAGCUGUUCCUGAUAUCACUGUCCACAAGCGAAGUGAGAACAAAAAUGAAGGACAAGAGGCAAUCAUGUAUUGCAAGUCUGUGGGCUUCCCCUAUCCUGACUGGGUAUGGCGGAAGAAGGUCAAUGGAGUAUUUGUGGAAAUCAACAACUCCUCUGGCCGAUUCUUCAUUACAAAUAAAGACAAUUACACUGAGCUGAGUAUCACAAACCUCCAGAUAAGUGAGGAUCCUGGCGAUUAUGAGUGCAAUGCAACCAAUACAAUUGGUACUACCUCUGCCACCACCAUCCUGCGAGUGCGCAGCCACUUAGCCCCCCUCUGGCCCUUCUUGGGCAUACUGGCAGAAAUUAUCAUCCUUAUUGUUAUCAUAGUGGUUUAUGAGAAGAGGAAGCGACCAGAUGAAGUCCCAGACGAUGAUGAACCAGCUGGGCCAAUGAAAAGCAACUCUACGAACAAUCACAAAGAUAAAAACUUACGCCAGAGAAACACAAAUUAAAAACAAUGCGUAUAAUAGCUUUAAAUCUGAGAGACUGAUGGCAAUAUAACCUGCGAAAUUAAUGGUUGGAACUCUUGGUUCUAGAACUCCAGUUCUAUUUGAUUUUUCUUUUCAAGUGAGCAACAAUGACUGUCUAAAAAAGCAUGCCUUAUUUAGCCUGUCCUGUAAGGAUGACAUACCCAGAUACAUUUUAACAAUGCUUCAGUGUAGAAGGUGUAAACUACCUUGGGCUUGAUGUGCUGUGAGUGUUGCUUCCUCCCCCCAAGAUAUUUCAGUGUUAGAAGUAAAAAGUCAAAUCAUGCAUGCACCAUCAUUUACUUUCUUAAUGUAGCUGUUAAAUUGGCAAAUCUCUAAAAUGCACUGCUGCCAUCUAGUGAUAACUUUUUGUAAAGUACAGCAAAACCUAAAAAUAUAUACAGUAUAUAUUUAUAUUUUUUGGGAAGAGGAAAACCAAAAUACAGUAAGUGUUUCAUUUUUAAGCUGCUGAUAUUCAUUCCUUAUAUUGUAUGUCUGAGAGAUGAGAGAAUUAUACUGUUCUGGUACUUAGAGGAGUAAUAUAAAUUGAAUUUAUUUUAAGGGCUUAACCAAUAUAGAAAGAUUUUGGGUGUCCUAUAAUCAAAGACUUUGAAAGCUGGAACAGUCUGUGUUGAUUAAUUGUAGUAAAAACUUCAGUUUAUAAAUAUAUAUAUAUAUAUAUGAGAUUGCUUUUUAAGUGGGGUUUUUUUUUUGGUUAAAUCAUGUAAAUUCUCAAAUCCUUUUGCACUGAUGUGUUCAACAUAUUCUUGUACAUUCAAUUCAGGCAAACUUUUAUAAUUUACUUUUGUUUUAAAUGAUGUUGAAAUGUUACAGCAUGGUGAUAUUCUAUGCAACUAGAUAUAUUCUUAAGUUUGACACUGUAAUUUCUCAUGUUGAUUUGAAGAUUGAUUGUAGAAUUACAGACCUAACAGCGUUCACAUGCCGUGCAUAAAUGUAGAUGCAUGAACUUGUGUUCUGUGUAUUUGUUGAUGUGCAAUGAUGUAUAAAAAGUGGAUUCACCUGUUUUUAAAAAUAAAACACUGACAAAAAAA